UCCACUCCACCUAUCCGCGCCGCGCCCAUCUCCCCCAGCCAUCCUCACACACACGAGCCGUUGCCGUUGCAUGGCUCCGCCACACACCCGUAGCGGCCCUUGUACCCACCCACCGCUGCCAUAAGUAUCUCCGCCGCCGGCCUCCGCACAGUACUACUACACCUACACUCGCGCGCUAGCUGCUGAUCAUACUACGCUCUACAGCUCGGCGCGGACCUCGGCGAUUGGCCGACCGCCGUCGCUACCCUCCGAGCGAGCGCGGCCCCCGUGCCCGUGCCGCCGUGUCGCGCUGCAGGGGCUGCAGGCUGCAGCGCGCGACAUACGUGAGGAUACAUCAGCCACGCGAUCGCGCGGGAAAUGAACCAGUGCGUGCCGAGCUGGGAUCUGGACGACCCGGCGCUGGUAGCAGCCGGCGGCGGCGGCCUUAAUAACCAUCCGGUGCCCGCGGCCGGCGGCGGGCACCACCGGGGCGGGGCGGCUCCAGCUGGGACGACGGCGACUGCCGGCGGCGCGUUCGCGCCCGUCGUCGUGCCCAUGGCGGACCAGUACUACGAGGUGGCGGAGCUGACGUGGGAGAAGGGCAACAUCUCCUCGCACGGGCUGCUCAACCGGCCCCCGCCCAGCAAGUACCACCACCAGCCCGCCGCGCCGCCGCCGUCGCACCUGCAGGGCAUAGGGGGAGGCGGCGGCGCCGCCGGGGACCGCGAGACGCUCGAGGCGGUGGUCGGCGAGGCGGCCGCGCGGUCGCACUUCCUCUCGCAGCCGCCGGUGCACCUCGCACACUGGAUCGAGGUCGGGGUCGGGGCCGCCGCCGCCGCCGUGGCGCGCCCGGGAGCGGACGCGCUGGUGCCGUGCGCCGCGAGGGCCGAGGAGGCGGCGGAGGGGGCGGACGCUGCCGACGCGUCCAGGAGGAAGCGGGCGCGGGUGGUCGGCGAGGACGGGCUGGUGUGCGCCAGCCAGGGGAGCGCCGCGCCCGGCCGCCGCGGCGACAGCGCGCUGAUCACGCUGGACGGCUGCGGCACCGGGGCCGACGACGUGUGCGGGUUCACGACGACCACCAACAACUCGACGUCCCUGGAGCGGGAGGACAAGGGCUCCCCGGACACGGAGAACACCAGCAUCGGCGGAGGCGCCAGCGACUCCCGCUGCUUCAGCCGUCGGUCACAGAGAGACGGCCUGUGCGACGAGGGGGAGAACGUGGUGACCACCGGCGACGGGGCGGUGAGGUCGUCGGUUUCCACCAAGAGGAGCCGGGCUGCCGCCAUCCACAACGAAUCUGAGCGUAAACGAAGGGACCGGAUCAACCAGAAGAUGAAAACGCUGCAAAAGCUCGUCCCGAACUCGAGCAAGACGGACAAGGCGUCGAUGCUGGACGAGGUGAUCGACUACCUGAAGCAGCUGCAGGCGCAGGUGCAGGUGAUGAGCCGGAUGAGCACCAUGAUGAUGCCCAUGGCGAUGCCGCAGCUGCAGAUGUCCGCCGUCAUGGCGCAGAUGGCCCAGAUGGCCCAGAUGGCGCAGAUGGCCCAGGGCAUGAUGAACAUGGGCUCCCUCGCGCAGCCGGCCGCCGCCUACGCGGGCCUCACGCCGCCCAUGAUGCCCACCUUCGUCCCCACCAUGCCCUGGGACCCCACCACCUCCGGCGCCGGCAGCGUCGUGGGCACGGGGACGGCAGACCGCGCGCCGCAGCCCCCCGCGGCCGUCGCCGGCGCCGUGCCGCCGGACGCCUUCUCCGCCUUCCUCGCAUGCCAGGCGCAGCAGCAGAGCGGACAGUUGCAGCAGCAGCAGCAGCAACCGGGCAGCAUGGAGGCGUACAACAAGAUGGUGGCGCUGUACCAGAAGAUGAGCCAGCAGCAGCAGGGCCAGCCCAGCAGUUCAUCCAAACAGUGAGCAUGACGUACGCAGUAGAACACGUAGCUACUCUUGUACAUCCUUCUGUUUGCUUGAUUGAAACCCCGAUUUCUAGCUCUCUCCCUCCAUCGCAUCUGUCCAGAUUUUUUCUUCUUCUCCUGUGGUGUGUGGUGCCCCUGGCCGGAGGCAUGCCAUAGAGGUGAAACCCGUCGACGCGGUUACAUGUAACAUCAUGUAUUUAUUCUGUUUUUUGACCAGCCUAGCCUUGUAUAAAUGACCAAAAAUCGUUGUGUAGAAGUUUCUUUGUUUGGAUAGAA